AUGAAAUUAUUAUCAAUAAUUUUAGGUUUAUUGCUUAUUAUUGCAUUUGUUUCUGCUCAAGAUUCUACUGAAGAAACUUUUGCUGCACGUCCAACUUAUCCAUGUGGAUCCAACUCUUGCGAUUAUGGUCAUGUAUGUCGUACUCAUGGUAAUGAAUGCGGUUGUGUCCCACAUAACAAAUGUGAAGUUACUCUUAAAUUCAAAUUCAUUGGUUCAUGGGUAGAUGGUUCGUGUGGUAAAACUUACACUCAAUAUGAUGUUAUCAUUCAAAAUGGAUUAAAUAGAAACAUUAAAGAUAUUUAUAUUGGCUCUGACUACACUUUAAGAUUACGUGACCACAACUCAAUUUGGAAUAUUGUUCGUUUACCAAAUGGUGUUUUAACUCUUCCAUCAUACCAACAAUCAAUCAAUGCUGGUGCAUCAUACACAUUUGGUUUCAUUAUUGAAGGUACUCAACGUCCAAAUCUUCGUAUCUUGGCUGUUACUUUCUUUUAA